CGCCCCCCCCCCCCCCCCCCCCCCGCCCCCCCCCCCCCCCCGCCCCCCCCCCGCCCGCCCCCCGCGGGGGCCGCGCCCGGGCCGUUAAGCCAGCCAGUCUUGUAGCUCGUAAAAUUUUCUAUCAGAUAAGGUAUAGCUUAAAUUCUUUUGUUCAGUCAUUAUUUUGCAAAUGGGACUGUAAGCUAGUAGAGUAGGUUAUUAACCUUAAUAAGGGGGCCCCCUUAACUGAAAUCUUGUUGUUACUAUCGGCUAUCCGUUUGACAGAUCAAAACAAGUAACCGUCCAUCUAUAGAUUCAGUCUUGAAACCUACCUGCGAUUUAUAUGAAAAUCUUUUCUCAUCCCUUGCUUUCUCUACUUAGAGUACACAAACAACGCUAAUGAGAAAAAGAAAAUCAGAUUUUUCUCUAUGGGAUCGUCUGCCAUCAAAGCGAUUUAAGAAGCGUAUAAUCAAUCAAAUUGAUCUUGAUACAGCGUCAAAUAUAAUGAUGUUAAACAAAUAUGAAAAUAUUGUUAUCUUAUGGUAUGAUGAUCAGUUGGAUCAGGAAAUAAAAGAUAAAUUAGAAAAUUUACAUAAUCAUAUAAUUCUUUGUUCAACAAUUGAUAUAUUCAAACAAUCAAUUUAUAACUAUCAAAAUAGUAAAAUUAUUGUUAUUGUAUCGGGACGUUAUUCAAGUAUGACACUUCAACUGUUUCAUGAUAAUAAUACAAUUGAUUCAUUUUACAUAUUUUGUAUUGCUGACAACAAGUACGUAGAUCUAAAGAAAACAUAUUCAAAAUUGAUUGGUAUUUACACAAGCUAUGAUUAUCUAUUUCAAAUAUUGAAAAAACAAAUUCGUUCAUUAUUGCAACAUUUAUCAAUAUUUAAAUUAUUUAAUGAAAAUAAUAAAUCAUUUCGAGAUUUAGAGCAAGAAGGUAUUGAUUAUUCAUGGUAUCAACUUUUACGUGAUGCACUCAUGUAUAUGACACACGUAGAAACUUCGAAAAAUGAAAUGUUACAAUACUGUCGAUCUUAUUUUCAUGGCGAUGCAUUAAGAUUAAAACAAAUAGAAGAUUUUGAACGUACGUAUCAGUCAACUGACGCCAUUCAAUGGUAUACAAAAAAUCAUUUUCCAUUUGAUUUUGUUAAUAAAGCAUUAAGAACAGAAGAUGUUGAAGCGCUGUAUAAUCUUCGAUAUUUUAUUACUGAUUUAUGUCAAGGACUAAAACAAAUUUUUAAUGAAAAUUUUAGUAUAUAUAAAGAGUCAAUGAUAGAAAAUAUUGUUGUUUAUCGUGGAUUAACAUUGCCUGAUAAAGAUAUUGAACAAUUAAAAAAUUCAAUUGGAAAAUAUGUUUCGACUAAUGGAUUUCUGUCAACCAGUUUGAGUCAAUCGGUAGCAGAAAUGUUUGCUACAAAUGUUUUGUUUAAAAUAGAAAUUGAUUGUUCAAUGAAAAAUAUGAUUUAUGCUGAUAUAUCUGAGAAGAGUGUCAAUCGAGAUGAAGAGGAAGUUUUAUUCGAUUUAGGUUCACUAUUUCAAAUUACAAAUGUACAUUUUUGUGGAAAAAAAUGGAUUAUUACAAUGAUUGGGGUAAAUAACGUUGAAUAUGUAGAAAAUACACUCGUUAAUUUUUCUCGUAAUUCAAUGAUAGAAAAUACUAUUUUUAUGCCAGAUAUUUAUUACGGACGAUUCUUAUUUAUGGUUGGACAUUAUAGUAAAUGCAUUGAAUACACAAAAAAUCUGUUACAGCAACAACUAAUAAAUGAUAAAUUUGAUAAAUAUUAUAUUCUAAAGAUUUUAAGUGGUGCUUACAGCAAUAACAAACAAGAUGAUUUAGCACUAAAAUAUGAACUAGACGCAUAUAAUAUGCGUGAAAAUGAUAAAGAAUUUGAUUGUUCAAGUAUUUUAUUUUCGAUUUGUACAAAUUUACAAGCAAUUGGUGAAAUUUAUGCAAAUAAAGGUGAUCAUGAUAAUGCGGCGAAAUAUUACGAAAAAGCAUUAUUAAAAAUUUCGGAUUAUAGUAAUACUGAUAAUUUAGUUUUCAUAGCCGAUCUUCAUAAUUCACUUGGACAUCUGUAUUUUCGUCAAAAAAAUUUUCUUUAUGCUUUUAAACAUUGUCAACAAUCAUUGGAAUUUGAUUAUAAAGAAGUGGAAGUCUUUCCUGAAGUACAUGAAACACUAGCACAAAUCUAUUUUGAAAUGAACAACAAUAAUAAUGAAGUGGCAUUGAAACAUCUUGAUAUAGCAUGUAAUUAUAUACAAAAAUAUUUUCCUAAAAAUCAUUUACGCUUAAGAAAAAUUUACAUAUGGUUUGCACUCAUUUAUUUUGAUAUGAAUCAAUAUGACUUAUGUAUUGAAUAUUGCGAAAAAUUACUUAAAAUACAAAUAAUAAAUGAUUAUGAGACAUCUACUAUGGUAUAUAGAAUGCUUGGAUUAUCUUAUAUGAUUAGGAAACGUUUUAAUGAAGCUUUGAAAUAUUAUAAUAAAUUAUUAGAAAUACAAGAACAACAUAAAAAUUUAUUUGAAAUUGACGAUAAUGAUCGUAUGGAUAAUGCACGGAUGAAUGCCAAUAUUGGACAAUGUUACUUUUUGACAAAACAAUAUGAUUUCGCAUUAAAAUUUUACUCUACUGCUAUUGAUACUUAUGAACAACAUAUUCAGUCUAUUGAUACGUUCAAUGAUGAUACUGUUUUGGAUGAUAUCAAUCAUAUCUAUGUAAAUAUGGCUUCAAUAUAUUAUGACUAUGAUGAAUAUACACCAUGUAUCAUGUAUUACAAAAAAACCUUAACAAUAUUAACUAAAAGAGUUAAUCUAACGGUGGAUGACGAUAAGAAUCAGACUGCAAACUUAAACUAUAUGAUUGGUUUUUGUUAUGAUCGUUUAGGAUUUUGCUAUAGUCAAAAGGAAGAAUUUAAACUAAGUACUGAUUAUUAUGAAUAUGCAUUAAGUAUUAAAGAAUAUAUGUCAGACAAAAAAUUUGAUGACACUGAAAUUAGUAAAUUGUAUUAUCAGAUAGCUUUUUCAUAUGAACAAGAACAAAAAUAUAAAAAAGCUAUUCAAUAUUAUACGAAAUCAUUAGAGAUUAAUGAAAAGAACGUAUCGGACAACUACAUGGAUAUAAUCGAUUUGUGUGAUUGUUUAGGACGAUGCGGUGAUGCAAAUGAACAGUGUAACUUGUGUAUUAAAUAUUAUUUGAAAGCAUCUAUGAUAUUAGAAAAUAAUCAACGUCCACAAGAUGAAACAAAAAAGGCAAUUCUCAACAACGAAAUAGGAUGGUACUAUGGUCUCAUUGGAAAUUAUGAUCUGGCUUUAGAAUAUUGUAUGAAAUCAUUAGCAUUUUUCGAAAAUAAUCAAGCAUUUGAUAAUACUAUCCACAAAGCCAAUGUUUUAUCUAGUUUAGGAGUGAUUUACUGUAUGAAAAAUGAUUAUGAUCAAGCUUGGACCUAUUGUAGACACUCACAAAAAAUCCUAUUUGAAAUGACUUCGCUGAGUAUAUUUCAUCUUAAUGGUUGGAAUUAUAAAACCUUGGCUGAUAUCUACUGCCAUUAUAAUGAAAAAACACUAGCUUUAAACUGUUAUAAAAGAGCAUUAGAAAAUUUUAAGAAAGCUGAUCCGAUAGUAAGACGAAAUAUAAAACAGACUGGACGUUUAUUGGCAUUAAUCUUAUCAAAUAAAAUGUAA